GAGCUCAACCCUAUUGAAAAUUUCUGGUCUGUGUUAAAGGGAAAGGUUCAGCGUACUCAGUUUAACGACACUGAGGACUUGAAAUCAAGAAUAGUUGAGUCAUGUGGAUACAUUGAGCCAAUCGUUCUUAAAAAUACAGUGCAACAUUCUGUUAAUAACUUUCAAAAAUGCUUACGUAGUGAACCUCUUUGA